AUGGAAUCGAAACUCUAUGAGAUCAGGAGUUAUUUGAGUGAAUUCUCGGACACUGCCGGUAGGAGUGAGUUCGCCGGCACCUAUGCCACCGAUGAGAUCAUUGGGAAUCCCUUACAAGCGUUUCAAUUAGUCAAACGACUGACUAUUAAUUGGCGAAGAAUUGAGACCGAAAUGAGAAGAGAAGAUCUGUGGAAAAACAUUGAAGAGCUCACAGAUACGUAUCAGUCAUUUAUGCCUAAUCAUGAGGACCUUCACGGGGCAGCCCUCGCACUCGUCAGACUGCAAGACACAUAUAAUCUAAAUAUGUCGGACUUAGCCAACGGCCAAAUCUACGGAUACCAAACACACGUCGAGAUGACGGCCCGAGAUUGUCUGUAUUUGGGGAAACACUCGUUUAAUAACGGAUAUUACGGCUACUCUAUCGAGUGGUUCGAGGAGGCGAUGAUUAGAGCCCAUCGCGAGGGCAAUGCAACCGCUUCUGUCGAUGAGAUUUUGCCCUUUUAUCAUAUGGCCACUGAAAUUGUGAGCACCUUUACCUCUAUUUUUGGAACCAAAUCUUCUCGUCUGAAGAUAGUUGAGGGCGAAUCGGAUGACUAUUCCAAAUAUCAGGCACUUUGUAGGGGAGAGACACUAAAAACGCCAAAAGAGGAGAAAGAUUUGAGAUGUUAUCUCACAGAUAGAGGACAUCCACUCUUAAUUUUACAGCCAAUUAAAGUAGAAGUACUCAAUGAAAAGCCAUCAGUCGUUAUGUUUCAUAAUCUGAUGACAGAGUAUGAAAUGGAAACUUAUAAAGAAUUAGCAACUCCUAUGUUGACUCGAGCGCGGGUCCAAACGGAAGACAAUAGCGACGAGAUAUCCAAAGUAAGGACGAGUCAAACGGCUUGGUUUUCGCCACAGAGUCAUAAAGUUGUGGAUAAUAUCAACCGUAGAGUAGAGGCAGUGACAGGUCUGUCGGCAGAUAUGGACAAAAGUCACUGUGAAUUAGUGCAGAUCGCCAACUAUGGGAUGGGUGGCCAUUAUGUGCCUCAUUACGACUACCUUAUAGUAGACCGACCGCCAGAUGAGAGACAUUUAGCGCCGGCCAGAGAAGUGGCCGCCGGCGACAGGACAGCGACUCUUAUGUUUUACUUAUCGCAAGUGAUUAGAGGCGGUUCCACUGUAUUCCCCCGAUUAGGCACUAAAGUAAUACCAGAGAAAGGGUCGGCUGUCUUCUGGUAUAAUCUCUAUAGGAAUGGAGAGGGCAUUGAGGACACCGUUCACGGCGCCUGUCCCGUACUGAUGGGUGAAAAGUGGGUCGCCAACUAUUGGAUCAGAGAAAUAGGACAGAUAUUCAAUAGAAAGUGCUCUUUGGAUCCAAACGAAUAA